UGCUCUGCGCAGGCGCGGGUGCAGGUGACCCGAGGGUCGAGCAUCAGCUGACUUCAUCUUCGCUGUGCCUCCCCGCCCCCCGACUCCGCGGCGACCCUGCUGCAGGGUCGUCCCUUCAGCGCCAGCUUCUGGAGUGCGUACUCCGUGACCCUCUUCACGGGACUGUUCGCGCCGGAGCAGCUGGCGACUGCACAGCAAAACGCGAGCAGACAUGGGAAAGUCUUUUUCUCAUUUGCCUCUGCAUUCAAAUAAAGAAGAUGCUUAUGGUGGAGUCUCAUCGACAGAAAACAUGAGGAAUGGAUUGGUUAAUAGUGAAGUCCAUAAUGAAGAUGGAAGAAGUGGAGAUGUCUCUCAGUUUCCUUAUGUGGAAUUUACAGGAAGAGAUAGUGUCACUUGCCCCACUUGUCAAGGAACAGGAAGAAUCCCUAGGGGGCAAGAAAACCAGUUGGUGGCAUUGAUUCCAUAUAGUGAUCAGAGAUUAAGGCCAAGAAGAACAAAACUGUAUGUGAUGGCUUCUGUGUUUGUCUGUCUGCUGAUUUCUGGCUUGGCUGUGUUUUUCCUUUUCCCUCGCUCUAUUGACGUGAAAUACAUUGGUGUAAAAUCAGCAUACGUCAGUUAUGAUACUGAAAAGCGUACAAUAUACUUAAAUAUUACGAACACAUUGAAUAUAACAAACAAUAACUAUUACUCAGUGGAGGUUGAAAACAUCACUGCACAAGUUCAGUUUUCAAAAACAGUUAUUGGAAAGGCACGCUUAAACAACAUAACAAAUAUUGGUCCCCUGGAUAUGAAACAGAUUGAUUACACAGUACCUACUAUCAUAGCAGAGGAAAUGAGUUAUAUGUAUGAUUUCUGUACACUGAAUUACAUCAAAGUGCAUAAUAUAGUACUCAUGAUGCAAGUCACUGUGACAACCACCUACUUUGGACACCCUGAACAGAUAUCCAAGGAGAGGUACCAGUAUGUCGACUGUGGCAGGAACACUACCUACCAGCUGGGGCAGUCCGAGUAUCUGAACGUGCUGCAGCCCCAGCAGUAAGAAUCGAAAGAGAUGCAGCUGGGGAAGAAGAAAUCCCUGUUGAUAUUUUUUAAAUGCUGAGGUACUUACUCCCUGAUAGAUCUUAAAUUGAACAAACCUAAAAUAGAGCUAAAAGUAUGUGAACUUGCAGGUUCCUGCAGCUCUUCACUCUGUGUUCAUUGUGUUUGUAACAGGAUCUCUAAUCUAAAUUUACUGAUUGGUUUUCUUCUCUCUCCACCCCCUACCCAUACUCCUCUAAGGGGGAAACUGAGACUUUCCCUGAAGGACACUAAAUAUUUAAAAUUCACAGCUCCAGUCACUACUGAAAACAUAAGUUUGGUGAUGCACACAUAAUUUGAGGAACUUUAUUUCUGAAAGCUUUUGUAGACUAUUACUGAUAGCCUGUUCUUUAUGAAACACUUUUAAGGAAUAACGUUUUUUUUUUCCCUCUUACAAGUUCCCGUUGCUACAAGGCAGUAUUUCAACUGUAUAGUAUUUUAUCUUCUAGCUAAACAUUUUUAGCUUUUCAUUUGUUGAAAUUCUACUCAGUUGCAUUUUUUGCCCAUCUUAUUUCAAGCCAGUGCUUGAAUAACACUUAUAAACCCAAAUAAUUUUUGCAAAAUUCUGUACCUAAAAAUUUUAAAGUCUCUAAAUAAUGUUUCACAUGUCUUUCCAUUUUAUAGUUUUGUGAAAUUUUUGUGUAAUCUUCAAACAAUUAAUGUACAAUAUUGUAAAUAAACUGCAUGGCUUUUAUACAGCUUUAAUAAAUAUCAAAUAAAGUGACACAGAUUCAAAAUAAAGUAAGUAGCUCAUAAAUAUAAAACAGGAAAUGGAAUUCAGAAACCUAUGGAAUGUGAAUGUUUCCAUUUACAUAUUAGAUCAGGCAUAAAGUAGAUCUGAAAUAAAUUAUUUUGAUGCUCCACUUCUUUUUAAUGUUGCUUUUCAUACUAGAAAUUGUGAAGACACUUCACAACUAUUUGGUGCCCAACUCAUCAAUUUUAUGAGUGCUUUAAGGGUGGAAAUUAUUUCUUUGGUUGAAAUUAUCCAAGAAAUAUUAUUAUUAUAUGAUGGUGGAUAUAUGAAAAUAAAACCUAUAUUAUGAUUUUAAAAAUUCAGUCACUUUGCACAUCAUAUGGAUAUCAUGCACCUAGCAGUUACAUUUUUAAAGUUUUUACCUUAGUUUGGAUUUUAUCUAAAAUUUUUUUCAAGUGUAAAUUACUGACUUAUUCACUGUGUUGUUUUAUACUUUCAAUACCAUUUACCAAUUGAGCUUUUUGCUUUUUCACUUACUAAGGUCUAAGUACCUUUUAAAGGCAUACCGCUGAAUGUAGAGGCUAAUAAGUGUGAUACCAAAAAAAGGGGGGUGGUUUCAGAUUAGUUUCUUUCUGUUCCCCAGUAACAGAAAUCAGGUUCCCCCUAACCUUCUCCCCAAAAGUGCCUAACUUAGGUCUGAAACAUAUCUAUUUAUCAGUCUGACGCUCAACUUUAAAACAUAUGCUGUAUUUAAUUAUUUAGAUUACUUAUUAAUAAAUAAUGAUCAUUUAUUUAAUAGCUGGUAGUUAUCAGUAGUUGAUAAUUAUUUAAUAAUUAUUUAUUAUGAAGUCCUCCUUCUGCCUGUAGACACUCUCUGGUCUCCCUUUUGCUUUCAUAUCAUUUUCUCCAAGUUUUCCUGAAUGAACUUCUCAAAUACAUAGGUAGAAUACUCCGCCUUUUAUUUUUAAACUACUUUGUCUUCCCUUAAUUCAUUCCUAAUUCAUUCAUUCUUGUUGUUAACUAAAUAUCACCCCUUUACAUUUAUUAUGGACUUUAUCAUCAAACCCACUCUUUCUUUUAAUUUUUUCCUUUUUUUGGACCACUGCCAUUCUUCUUGAAACUGCACACUUCUCUAGUGUAUUGACUCUAUUUGUGUUUUGUCAUUCACAUUUCAUUUUCCUUCACUAUCUUUUGACGUCUUUUAAUGAGUAUUAUGUAGAUCCUUUUUUGCCUCAAAAUUUCUACUGCAAUGACUUCAACAAUCAUCUAUAUUAGGGCUUCCAAAUCUGUUUCUACAUACUUGACUAAUCUCUCAUCUAGGUUCUCAUUUAGCUAGUGACCUGGAGACAACAGUACUUUAGUGAGUAAGUGUAAAACCAAAAAACGUUUUUGUCAUUUUUUGUUUUGUCCUCAUGUCCUGUUUCCUUGAAAAAUCACAUUUAUUUCUUCAGAAUGAUCCUUCAGAUAUGUCUUUUACAAAAAUCAGUCCUGAUUUAUUUUCUUGCUUUAUAUCUUUUCAUCUUAGAAAAUUAUAUAGGAUAAAUUAAAUGGAUUUUUCUGUUGAUUUGUGGUUCUAAUAUUCUUUUAGAAUAAAAGUAUAGUACUCUUCAUAGUAUCUAUCGAAGAGGCAGGAAAGUGAGGGAACAUUUUCUUUCUGUGACUUAGUUUGAGUGGUUUUUAUUCUUCAUUUUCUAAAUUAAAAACUUAUGCCUAUUUUCUGUGAGUUUUAAGUCAGAAAAAAAAACUAGUACUUAAAAUAAGUAAAAAAAAAAACAGUAGUAGAGGACUAAGGCUAUGACUACUUUCAGAGUAAGUACCAGAAUUAGCUUAAACCAGAACAGGCUUUGAAUUAAUGAAACUAUAGAAACACAUUCCGGUAAAUCUGAGUUACAGCCAUUUUAAAAAAAUCUGGAAAGAAUGAAUGAAGUUCAUCUUUUCUUAGGUCAUUUGUCCAGUGUAGUUUUUUACAUGGUAAUAGGAUAGAAUAAAAAUAACUUCUUCUCAAAUUACACUUUUAAUAGACUGAUCAUUCUAACCAAGUGUCAUACAGCAACAAGCCUCUGUGUGUUGAUAUUACAUAUAUACAGCACUAUGUCCGUUUCAGAGCACUUUUAUAUGUUUUUCUCAUGUGAUUUCUUACAGCCCUGUGAGUCAGGGAAGAUGGGGGGUGGGAUUCUCAUCUUCUAGAGAAGGAAGGAGAGGCAUGAAGUUGAGGGACUUGCUGAAGUUUAGUAAGUAGUUUGACGGGCCAGACCUAGUUUUUCUGUCUCCCAUGUUUGUGCUCUAUUCAAAAUAUCCGUUGGAAAGCCUGUUGAUUCAGGUUAGUAUGAUUGCAAAUUAGAAAAACUGUUCAUAUGCUUAAUAGUGACAAUCAAAAUCAUAUUGGUGGACUAUGGUUUGGAUAACUUUAAGUUGGUACCUGAAAUAUUUCAAAUGGGAAAUGAACACAAGUAAAAUAUUUUGGAACACAAUCUAUAGCUUAAUAUUUCUGUAAAAUUUAGUCCUUGGUCAUUCCAAUAAAAAUAUGACUGAUACAUCAUCAGAAACUAUUUACAAAUAAUAGAGAUUUUUGAGAUUUGAAAUACGAACUGUAUGAAAAUUAGAUACCAGAUAAAUUAUGUGAAAUUGCUAAAAUGGUCACUUUAUCAUACAUAAUAUGUAAAUGACUGGUUUUGUGUAUGAUUUUUCUAUGCCUUCUUUGUUUUUUUAGACCAAUGAGGUGAUUCUCUAAAAACUCAUGACAAGAAAAUAAAACUCACUUUAGAUCAUCUGGAUUGUAGUUUGGAAAUGAUAUAGUGCACUGUUGAAAUAUAUAAAAAGUGAUUGCCAAAACACAAUAAAAGUAAUGCAGGAGACUUCAAAUGUUAGUCUAAUGAAGACCUUAUUGUUCUUAGCCUUAUCAUUACUGCAAUAGAAUUCUGGAUAUUUCAUUGGAGGGCAUGUUUCCAACUCUCCCAUGCUAUUUUGCUUUUUUUAAACUUCUUAAAUAAUUCUUUAUAUGAUGAUUACGUCUUACUUAAGAAAAUAGUUUUUAGGUACUGGGCCCCAAAGUAAGUCACUGCUUGGUAUAGCUGGUAUUAAUGGUUCCUUCCUGUGUCACAUACCGUGUAAAUCUUGUAUGUGCUUUAUGUUACUCCUUAGAAGAGCGCUCUAAGGUAGAUCCUGUUGUUGCUUCCCAUUUCAUAUCUGAGAAAACUGAGUUUUAGGGAAAUUGAGAAAUAUGGGAACGAAUGUAAGUGGCAGAUUCUGAUUCACAUCUCUGUUUGACUCAAGCAUUCCUGCUCUUACAGUUAGUGUAUUUUCUUUCCAAUCUUUGAAAAUGUCUUAUUUAUAAAAAUACAUUGGUUGUUGCACUUAGUAUAUACAAGACCUUGAGGUGUUUGAGAGUAUGGUUGAUCCUUGAACAACAGGGAAAGUCAGGGGUGCCGUCCUCCCACCCAGCCAAUUGCAUAUAAGUACAGUGGGUCAUCUGCAUAUGGGGGCUUCCAGCCACAGAGUUGCAGAACGGUGUUGGUUUAAAUUACACUGGGCAGUUCAGGUAUAAAUUGGCCCCUGCAGUUCAAACCCGUGUUAUUCACAUAUCACCUAUUUUCAAAAAUACUGUUAGGAUAUUCCACUAUUUUGUAGAUCUUUGGUAUAAUAAUGUUUAUCAUUGAUUUUUAAAAUAUUCAUAUGUAUCUGUUAGGGGUUUUUUUUUUAAAGAUGAGCAAUUUUAAAUUUACAAAUAUAUACCAAUCUUUGAUAAGCAGUAUAAAUUGAAUUUCAAGUUAUUAGGUUGUAAGCCAAAAGUUGCUUACCAUAAUGUUAUGAUAUUUAACUCAAUGUCUGGAGGCAGGAAAUAUUUGGCUUAAAUAUAUCUAAGAAUAAUUAAUUUGACUUAUUUUGUAAAAUCAUUUUAAAUUAGAUGUUUAUCUGAAACUAUUUUAAGGAAAAAUGUGUUUGCAAAGGUAGAGUAAGAAGACUGCUAACCAUUAUUUCUUUAAAAAGUUUAUUUUUACAUGAAAACAAAAUAUAUUUAAAUGUGCUAUAAUCAAAUAUUUCACUUCUAUGUCCCAAAUCAACUUAUCUCAAAGUAAAAUUUUCACUUCUCAGCUGAAAUUUCUGAUUAGAAGUACUAAUAUUUAUGUAUUUUUGUGCUUAGAAUGUAAAUUUCACAAUGGAUUUUUGAAAUUUAUUCUUAAUUUGGAUGAAAGCAAGUGAUAUAUAUAUAUUUAUAAAGUUACUAUUGGGGAAAAAUGGUUAUUUUCAUUUUUUCAAAACUACUAAUAUGAUUGGUUAUGUUUGUAGUUCUUUUUACAUGUGUUUAGCACAGGCUCUAAAUUAAAAAAUACAUAUUAUGGUCUGUAUUGACCCUAAAAAAUAUUUCACAAAUUAAUUUAACAUACAUAUGUCAAGUUUUUCAUAGCGAAAUAUAACUCUUCUAGAAGGAAGUUGUUGCCUUCUGUUUAAUUAUAUUAAAUGAAGUGGAUUUAAGAGAAAUGUUUUCAGCAUAUUUUGUAUACUAAAAAACAAAAAGGAUUAGUAUUGGGCCAAUGGCCAAGAGUUAAUAUUACUACCAUGUAGACUGUUCGAAUUCAAAGUGUUUCUCUUUCCCCAGAAUUUUAGAAACUAGAAGUCUGGGAGAUACUGUAUCAGCUGUAUUGGGUGAUUCUAAGUACUGUUUAAGUACUCGUCAUCUUUUAACUAUUGUGGGACAUGGAACAUAUGCCAACUUGCAAAACAUGCAUAAUUGUAUUAUGUGAUGGUUUGUUUUAGGCAUAGAAUAUCAGCAAGACAUGCCUUGUAUGUUUUGCCUUAUAUUUCCAUG